AUGCCUCCUUUUCCCUCGCUUACCAAAAUAUGGCACACGGACAGCUAUCCAGCCAUCUCGCCCACGAGGCCUGAACUCUCGGCUGCUAAUAAGACAGUAGUUGUAACUGGCGGAGGGACCGGAAUUGGUGCAAGCAUCGCCCGGUCUUUCGCCGUUGCAGGCUCAAAGAAGAUCGCCAUCAUCGGCCGCCGCCCAAAGCCCCUCGAAGACACUGCACGUCAGCUCCAGGCAGGAUUCCCUGAGCUCAAGGUUGUCGUGCAGUCAGCAGACAUUACAAACCAAGAGCAAGUCAACCAAGCCUUUGACGCCAUCGUCAAAGAGUUUGGCACCAUCGACGUACUCGCUAGCAACGCCGGCGUAGUUUCCGGCGCCGGAACAAUUAACGAGCUCGAUGUAGAGGAAGCAUGGAAGACCUUCGAAGGCAUCGUCAAGGGCAAUCUCCUGGUUGCUCGGGCAUUUAGUCGCGUCGCCUCAAAGCAGGGCGCUGUGGUCGUCCACACGUCCUCGGUUUGUGCCGCUCUGCGCGCGUUCCCAGGUUCUGUCGCCUACACGGCCAGCAAAAUUGCAGCGACUAAGAUCUGGGACUAUUUUGGUGUCGAGAACCCUGGCAUCCGGGUGGUGAGCAUCCAGCCGGGGCAGAUCCAAACCACCAUGGCGGAUGAACUUGGCAUCAAGAUGCCGGACAGCGUUGAUCUUCCCGGGCACUUUGUGGUUUGGCUUGCGAGCCCGGAGGCCCAGUUUCUCAACGGGAAGUUUGUGUACUCCAACUGGGAUGUCGAAGAACUGCUCGGCAGGAAGACGGAGUUUGAAACUACGGAACUAGGAACGAUCAAGUAUGAUGGACUACCAUCGGCCUAG